AGGCUUGGUGGUUCGUUGGGGCUUGGUGGCCCAUUCUCCGCCGCGAGCAGAAGCCUCCAGGCUCUACUUUUGGACAACUAAAUGACUGUUGGGGCAUUGAACAAUCUGAGGUAUGCCCCUUAAUUUGUCGCAGCUGGUGGAGCGGUGGCCUCGCAGGGGUCGCAAUGGUGGUCUCUGCUGAGUGCUUAAAUGGAGAGUUUCUUCGAGUUGGUCUGAAGUUUGCUCCACUAGCUGGAUAUCACUGGCUGCUAGAAUUCUGGUGGUCCUUAUGUGCAAGCAUGAAUUUGAUGCUCGAUACCAGAAGCCUGAAGAUAAACUAUAUAUUGCGCAACUGUAUUUUCCUCUUAUUGGCCAGAUUUUGGAUGAGAUGCCUGUUUUUUACAACCUUAAUGCUGUUGAAAAGCGUGAAGUUCUCAUAGUUAUUUUGCAAAUUGUGCGCAAUCUUGAUGAUGCAUCACUUGUGAAGGCAUGGCAGCAGAGCAUUGCAAGGACUAGAUUAUUUUUCAAACUCAUGGAGGAAUGCCUAAGUCUUUUUGAGCACAGAAGGUCUGCUGAUGGCAUGCUUAUGGGUUCUAGUUCUCGUAGUCCUGUUGGGGAUGCACCUGCUUCCCCUAAGUACUCUGAUAGACUUUCUCCGGCUGGCGUUACACCGGCAAUCAACAAUUAUCUGUCUGAGGCAUCAAGACAAGAAGUCAGACCUCAGGGAACACCUGAAAAUGGAUAUUUGUGGCAAAUAGUAAAUUCUCAGUUAAGUUCUCCUAGCCAGCCAUAUUCAUUGAGAGAGGCUCUAGCUCAGGCACAAUCUUCUAGAAUUGGAGCUUCUGCUCAGGCUCUUAGAGAAUCUUUGCACCCAUUAUUGAGGCAAAAACUGGAGCUCUGGGAAGAAAACUUGAGUGCUUCUGUUAGUCUUCAGGUUUUAGAAAUUACUGAGAAGUUUUCCACAAUGGUUGCUUCCCAUAGUAUUGCUACAGACUAUGGAAAACUUGAUUGAUUCUAAUAUGCUAUCUUGAUAACUAAAGAAAGCAUAAAGGGAUGAUAAAUUGUGUAGCUGGGUUUAUAGUUAUAUGAUCUAAAAUAGCAUGAAUAGGUAGUUUUAAUAUAAUAACUGUAAUCAUAAAGAUUUAUAUAUGAUCUAAUGCUCUAAUAUAUUUGUAUGUAGUUGUCUAGCGGAUUAAUUAGAGAAAAUAUUAUCAAAGAAAGUUAAGUGUAGU